AUGGCAUCGCAGGUCGGCGGACCGUCCGCGGCAGACGGAAAGGCCACUGUCGUGCCUCCAACCGUCCUCUCUGCAUUUCAGCAGUUCACCGCCCCGGAGGUUCUCUCUUCAAACUCCACCCAUCCGUUCUCGUCUUCUCCGGAAGAGCUGACGGCAACACUGAGGCGCAUCAUCGAAACCACCGACAAGGCGACCAUGUCGCUAAAUGCACACCACUCUCUCCCUCUCUCGAACCCCAAACUAUUGUCUCUCUACCGUCAGCAGUCAUCAAUAUCGCACACUGUGCAGCAAGCAGAUCAGAACGUCCGCCACGUCGUCAGCUCGCUGCGGAAACGAAUAGGCAUUACAUUUGGAGAAGACAUCCCGCUGGAGCGCAUAGAAGUCGUCGACUGGUUUCUCAAACGUCUCUUGCACUGGGGAACCUCUGCUGGCAUGGAGGCCUUCAACGAGCAAGAGACAGAUGGUCGAAUAGCGGUCGUUCUCGGGGGAAAGGUGCUGGUCAUCGACAUCGACUUCUCCAUCGACCGUCGGGAUCCCACAAGGCCCGCCAUCGACGUCAUGGCGCUCAAGACGGCGUACGCCAUCCCUAACAGCACCUCGGACUCGUCUUCUGGGCGCUCAAAAUCGAUGGAAGGCUUCCUCGCAAGCACCAUCCGGGCCUUUCUGGCCGAGGUGCAGAAAGAGGAGGACCAACGCGACGCGGUCGAGGCGGCCCGGAUAGGAAGCCAGAUAUCUAAGUACCUGUCGUAUCUCAUGACGCUAGACCACCUCGCCCUGAGCGAAAACGAGGGCGGUGGGCGGUGGUUCAGCUUCAUCGACAAGAUGUCGCUCGAGAUCGAAACGCUCGCCGGCAAAGAAGCCAACGUCAUCAUGAAAGGUGAAAAAGGCGCCGUUGUCGCGCCACUAGACGUCUUCCUCCUCCGCGGCCACGCGCUCCCGCUACCGUACCUCACAACCCCCUCCAUCUCCUUCCUCACAUACGUCUCCCCGCUCGCCUACCUCAAACUCCUCAAGUCCUCCACCCCGCUCCCCCCACACUCCGAGCCCCUCGCGGCGCACCAACCCGCACUCGACGUCCCCUUCCACCACCUGCGCGCCGUGCUCGCGACGCCCCCGCGCCAGCCCGGAAUCACCGUGGCGACCCUCGUGCUCUCCCCGACCCCCCCGCCCGCAUACCACGCCGAGGGGCUCUCGCUCUCCGCGAUCGACGCGCGCCCGCUGCACGCGCUCGUCGGGGACGCGGAGCGCGUCGAGUACGUGUUCCCCGCCGCGCGCGAGGUCGCGGCGCUGCAGGGCCAGCCGCUCACGUGGAUCCUCGACUUCACUGACGGCGGCAAGGCGGCGGGGCUGGUCGUGAGUCAGGGGCGGAUGCGGGAGAUCGAGCUGGUGCACGUGGAGGUGAACAACAUGAUGGGGAUGAGCGCGGGGAGCUGGGUCGAUCUGCUGCUCAACCCACAAACUCCGAUCCCGCCUGAACGCUACACUGCGCUAUAUACUUCUCCAACGGCGGCGCAUCCACCGCUGCACCUGCGUCUGACGAGUCCCGACGAACCUGGAUUCAUUCUCGAGUCCGUGCCGGUGCGAACGCUCAAGGAAGUGUGGGCGGUGCUCGAGAUCGUGCGCGAACAGUGCUGGCUCAACGAAACCCUCGCGAGCUGCACCUGGGCGCCCGAAGGCAUCGCCCCCCACGCACCCGGCCCAGCGCCCCCUAGCGCAGACGUCGAGACGGACGCCGCGCCAGCCACCGAGGACGAGCUCCAGGCCGUGCUCCGAGGCACGAUCACCCCGCGCCACAUCCCCGUCGCGGUCUCGCUCCCGACGGUGCUCAAGCCCGCGCCGCAGCCCGAGCCGUCCCUCUUCGGCGACGGCGACGGCGGGAUGGACGCGUUCGGGGCGCCGGCGCCGCGGCGCGCCGCGCGCAUCUCGCUGCGCUGCCCCGAGCGCGCGCCGAUCACGGGGAUCGUCGACAUCGGCGUCACGUUCGACGCCGCGCGGCCGCGCGGGGUCGCGGUGGAGAUCGUCGGCAGCGCGGUGGCCACGGACGUCGGCGCGGCGGCGCUCGAGGAGGUGUGCCGGCGCGGCGGGGUGUUUGGCGUGCCGGCGCGGGUGUGGAGGCGGGCGAAGCAGGGGAUGUGA